AUGUCUGCUUCUAAGUCAUCAGACGUGAAGCCUCAGCAGGCCAAGAGAGGUGCCGUUGAUUUUGUAGCUGGUGGUGUAGCAGGAUUGUUUGAGGCAUUAUGUUGUCAUCCCUUGGAUACCAUCAAGGUUCGAAUGCAAUUAUACAGAAAAUCAGGAAAGAAACCACCGGGGUUUAUAAGAACAGGUAUAAACAUUGUUGAGAAGGAAGGCUUUUUGUCGCUUUACAAAGGUUUGGGAGCAGUUGUUAUUGGUAUCGUGCCCAAAAUGGCUAUAAGAUUCUCAUCCUAUGAGUUUUAUAGAUCAUUCUUUUACGAUGAAAAUGGUAAAAUUACAGCUGGUCAAACAUUUCUUGCUGGUGUUGGUGCAGGUAUAACAGAGUCUAUAAUGGUUGUUAACCCCAUGGAAGUUGUCAAGAUUAGAUUGCAAGCUCAGCAUCAUUCAAUGAAAGAUCCUCUUGAUAUUCCAAAAUACAGAAAUGCUCCUCAUGCAGCAUAUUUGAUUUGCAAAGAAGAAGGAUUUAAAACCUUGUAUCGUGGUGUUUCUUUGACUUGUGCAAGACAAGCAACAAACCAAGGUGUCAACUUUACAGUGUAUUCUAAACUUAAGGAAUAUUUGCAAAAACGUGAAGGCAAGGAAAUCUUACCUUCAUGGCAAACAAGUGGUAUUGGUUUGAUUUCAGGUGCUUUGGGACCAUUGUCAAAUGCCCCACUUGACACAAUAAAGACUAGAUUGCAAAAAUCUUCAUAUGCGUCAAAUGAAAGUGGUUUAGUACGUAUCAUCAAAAUUGGUAAACAGUUGGUGAAGGAAGAAGGUAUCAACGCACUUUAUAAAGGUAUCACUCCAAGAAUUAUGAGAGUUGCUCCUGGUCAAGCGGUUACUUUUACAGUCUAUGAAUACGUAAAGGAUUUAUUAACUAAAGAGUCCGGGGCGGGCAUCAAUUUGAGUGGGAACACCCCUAAUAAGAAAAACUCAAAUUAA